AUGAGCAUCACAUCAAAAGCACCAAUCUGCUCAAAACUGCAUCGAUUACUCAGACACCAAAACCAACUUCAUCGAUUACUCAGACACCAAAACCCUCGAUUGCAUGUUUCCUUCCUUCACUUAAUUACCAAAAAACCAUCCACAGGAGACUCUUCAUCGUCAUCCUCUCCAAUUAUAGCCCAAAUCGUUGAAAUCCUCAAAUCCAACGACAAUGAAAGCUGGAAGACUAACCACCAUCUUUCUCAGCUUCUCUUCUCAAAUUCGUAUUCUCUCUCCUCUGAUCAUGUUCUCCAAAUCACCCGUCGUUUGGGCGAUUCCUCCACUGCCCUCAAUUUCGUCCAACUCCUUCGCUCCAAUUCUCAAACCCCAGAUGCUAAUUUGCUUUCUUUUGCAUUCCAAGCUGCUUUUGAGCUUGCUUCUCGCAAACCCGGUUGGAAAGAGAAUCUCUUGGACCUCCUUCAAACUUCUAAAGAAUUGGGUGUUCCUUUGACUGUUAAUUCUGUAACCUAUCUAAUCCGGUGUUUCGGGCGGGUGCGAAUGGUUGAGAAAUCAUUGAGAAUUUACGAUGAAUUGGAUUCCCAGAUGAGGAAUACCCAUGUUCGGAAUGUGUUGAUUGAAGAAUUGCUCAGAAGUAGGCGUUUUAGUGAUGCAGUCAAGGUGCUCGACGAAAUGCUCCAACCAAAUGCAGAGUUCCCGCCAGAUGAAAACACUGUUGCUAUUGUUUUACCGGUGUUGUUGGAACCUAAGAAGCACAAAAGGGAGGUGUUGUCUGAGGAGGAAAUCGUGGAGCUCAUGUUGAAGUUUGGCAGACACGGCGUGUUUCCUGAUUCGAUUAUGUUUACACGAUGGAUUACUGGGCUCUGUAGGAAUAGAAGGAUUGACAUGGCUUGGAAACUUCUACAUGGUUUGAUGGAGUUUGAUGGUCUACCUGUUAAAGUUCCAUCAUGCAAUGCCCUGUUGACAGGCUUAGCAAAAGACCGCCAAUUUCCAAAGAUGAAGUUGUUAAUGGAAAAGAUGCUGGCAAAAGGCAUAAGUCCUGAUGUUGUUACUCUUGGGAUUAGUAUCAAUCAUCUUUGCAAGGCUUUUAAGAUUGAUGAAGCGCUGAAUUUAUUUGAAUCAAUGAAACGGGGAGAGAUUGGAACUCUCCUUGAGCCAGAUAUAGUCAUCUAUAAUACUCUUAUUGAUGGGCUAUGUAAAGAUGAACGUGUAGAAGAAGGAUUAGCUAUGAAGAGAAAGAUGGUGUUAGAGGGUAUAUGCUUACCAAACACUGUAACUUAUAAUUGUCUAAUUGAUGGAUUAUGUAAAGUUGGUGAGCUUGAUAAGUCUCUUGAAUUGUUUGAUGAGAUGGAGAAGCAAGGAGUUCAACCAAAUGUCAUUACAGUCAAUACUCUGGUGAGCGGUUUAUGCAGACACGGAAAAGCUGGUAGUGCGCUCAAAUUCUACCGCGAAAUGGAAGGGAAAGGGUUGAGGGGAAACAAAGUAACGUACACAACGUUAAUUAGUGGUUUCUGUGGUGUGAAUAAUAUCAGUAAAGCAAUGGGGUUAUUCAAAGAAAUGAGACAAACAUGUGCACCAGAUGCGAUUGUUUACUACACCUUGAUCUCUGGUUUGUCCCAAGCUGGAUUAAUGGAUGAUGUUGAGUCAAUUUUAUUGGAUAUGAAAAGUGCUGGAUUUCGCCCUGACAUUAGUUGUUACAAUGUGAUGAUCAAUGGCUUUUGCAAGAAGAAUAAGUUGGAUAAAGCACAAUCGUUGUUGGAGGAAAUUGAAGAGGUGGGACUUCGACCUGAUAAUGUCACAUACAAUACUCUGAUAUCCUAUUGCAGCAAAUCCAGAGACCUGAAAACAGCUCAGAAACUACUCAAACAAAUGAUUGAAAACAAUGUUGUUCCAACAGUUGUCACAUAUGGAACACUCAUUCAUGCAUGUUGUUCUGUAGGAGAAAUGGAUGAAGCCAUGGAAAUAUUCAGGCAAAUGAAUUCAUCCACCCGAAUUCCGCCCAAUACUGUGGUAUACAAUAUCUUGAUAGAUACCCUUUGCCAGAAGAAUGAGAUGAGGGGAGCUUUCUCCCUGUUUGAAGACAUGAUUGCCAAAGGUGUGAGUCCAAAUUCAAACACCUUCAAUGCUUUAUUCAAAAAGUUAAGGGACGAGAACGAGCUUGAAAAAGCUUUAAAACUUAUGGGGAAAAUGACUGAACUUGCUUGUCAUCCUGAUUACAUAACCAUGGAAGUACUCACAGAGUGGCUUCCUGUAGUAGGGAAAGCUGAUGAACUUAGACAGUUUAUCGAAGGAUUCAGGUGA